UUUCCCACUCUUUCAACACCCAGCGUUGCUUUCCUCUUUUCUUAUUCCCUUCCUGGGGUUUACUUGAAGGUUUGGGAAAAUAUUGACUUCAUACCCUGGUUGACCACAAUAAUAAUAUUCGGGAUUAAGUCUGCUCGUCAUUUUGGGGGAAUUUGAGUCCCAUUUUAUUUUCCUUUUCUGGAUUAUUCCAUGAAUUGUGCCUCUUGUCCAUUGCAAUUCUGAAUGCAUGAAUGUUGGUGGGAGGGUAAGAAAAUCCUUUUUAAAAUAUAUAUAUAUAUAUAUAUUUCUUUUAUUCAAUCCCAUUCCUUUUGCUUUAGUUCUCCGCUGUCACAACAAUUAAGAAAGAUAGAUAAAUUGGGAGCCUCUCCAUCUGCAUAUAGGAUGUGGACCAAAGGAACGCUUGUUAUGGAGGCCUCGUGCUCUUCUUCUACGUCGUCUCAUUCCGUACAACCUUAACGAUAUUGGCCACAAUCCGAACGAAUGGACGAUGUCCCAAGCAGCAGAAGCGUCGCAACUCCUUUUGUAGGCACGCAAUCGUCUCAAUCGUUACACUUAGGAUUGUGAGCACAAAGCCUUUUGCCAACGGAGCAUUCACAGACAUUCUCUGAGCAAAUCUGGGAAGCUCUUGAAGUUGAGUGAUAUUUAUUUACGCAUACAGGAUUUGAACAGAGGAACACAAAAAGUACAUGUAACCCGUGGCCUAAAACGAUGACACUUAAAGAGAUAACUGCCUGCAGCUCCUCCUCCUGUGCAGGAAAACCCAUUUCUACUUAGCCACUAUUUGCAAAAUCCGUGAUUCAUUUGGAAGCCUCCCGCAACAGCAGCUUGAAAGGUUCAGAAAAGUGGCCGUUAAGGGAGCAGAAUCCAACCCAGGUGACGGCCUAUAAAUUUACAACUUGCUAGGAAACAUGAGCAUAACUCACCUGCCAUGCUCGAGACGUUAAUAAUCCUUCCCUUGGAUUUCCGGAGCAACGACCUACAGCGAAACCUGGUCCAAAGGGACUCUGCCCACUGAGGGGCCCAUUCCUGGGAAGAAAGAGGGACCUGGCCAUAGUCCCCUCUGCAAUUCCCAGAAGCUGCUAUUGAUCCCCUUUCAAAGGUUGACCUAGAAUGGACAUUGGCUAGGAAGUACUGCCUGUAACAACUCAACGUCUAGAGAAAGAACAAUCUUAGGAUUGUGGGCGGAGACAUGGAAAGAGAGAAUCCCAGCAAGGAAGCUGUCCUCAUUACGGGUGGAAGUGGAUAUUUUGGCUUUCGGUUGGCUUCAGCCUUAGCCAAGAGCCAAGUGGAUGUGAUCCUGUUUGAUGUUUCCAAGCCUACCCAAGAGAUGCCCAAGGGUGUGACAUUUGUGCAGGGUGACAUCUGCGCGAUCCAUGAAGUAGAAGAAGCACUCCGGGGUGUGUCCUGUGUCUUCCAUGUUGCUUCCUAUGGAAUGUCUGGCCGGGAGCAGCUCAACCCAAAACUUAUAGAAGAGGUGAACGUCAAAGGAACCGACAAUAUCAUCGAAUCUUGCAGGAGAGUUGGAAUCCCCAAACUUAUAUACACAAGCACGUACAAUGUAGUCUUUGGAGGCCAAGUCAUAGAAAAUGGAGAUGAAUCUUGGCCUUAUCUACCCCUACAUCUUCACCCAGACCAUUACUCAAGGACCAAAGCUUUGGCUGAAAUGAAAGUUCUGGAGGCCAACGGGACACUCCUAAGGGAUGGCCGGGGAAUUUUGAGGACCUGCGCCAUAAGGCCUGCUGGCAUUUAUGGACCAGGAGAGCAGAGGCAUCUUCCAAGGAUUGUCAACUACGUUGAGCAAGGAUGGUUCCGGUGUGUCUACGGGAAUCCUAGCAGCCUGGUGGACUUCGUGCAUGUAGAUAACCUGGUGCAAGCUCACAUGUUAGCGGCAGAGGCUCUGGGUGCCACCAAAAACCAUACGGCUGCUGGCCAAGCCUAUUUCAUUUCGGAUGGGAGGCCGGUCAAUAAUUUUGAAUUUUUCCGCCCUUUGGUGGAAGGUUUAGGCUACACCUACCCGUCCCUCCGCCUCCCCCUGCCCCUGGUUUACUUCUUUGCGUUUGUUACGGAACUGGUCCACCUCGUAGUGGGACGCCUGUAUAACUUUCAGCCCCUCCUCACUCGCACCGAAGUUUACAAAACCGGCGUGACUCAUUUUUUCAGCCUAGCCAAAGCUAGAAGGGAACUGGAUUACAAGCCUCAGCAUUACAGCCUCCGUGAAGUGGUGGAGUGGUUCCGGAACCAUGGUCACAGCCGAAAGUUUAGCAAGUCCUCCGAAAAACACUUCAUCAGAAAUGCAGCUCUGGUCUUCCUUGCGGCAGUGAUGGCCCUUUUGUGGUCUUGGAGUUUCUUUUGAAGCCCCUCAAAUAAGAAAAUACAACAGAGAUAGAAGCGGAGCUCUCGCCUCACACUCGGGAAGCUAUGAGUUCCCUCCUAGGCAGCGACAGAUGCUUACGUGUAAUUGUCUGCUGCUAACUCUGUGUAGGCAUCAGGAAGGGCAUCUGUCCAGUAAAUACCCAAUAGGUUUGAGGUUUAUUCGAUUUAUAUGCCGCCC